CUUCGACGGAAUACGACGAGGACAAAAUACAACACAGUCAUAACCUCGAGUAUUUUUCUGUAUAUCCAUCUAUUUGCAUCCAGCCAUGGCUAUAACAAUUCGAAAGGCGACGAUCAAUGACGUCCAAGCUAUGCAAAAUGCCAACUUGCACAACCUUCCGGAGAACUACCAGCUCAAGUACUACAUGUAUCACAUCUUAUCAUGGCCUGAAGCUUCAUUUGUUGCUACUACAACUGAUUUGCCAGACCAUGUUUACACCAAAGACGUCAAAGGUGAUCCAGCAUAUGUUGCUGCUGGAGAGAAAGUUGUCGGUUACGUUUUAGCCAAGAUGGAUGACGACCCAGAUUCACAAGACAAAACACCACAUGGUCAUAUCACUUCUCUUUCCGUCAUGAGAACGUACAGAAGACAAGGUAUUGCUGAGAAGCUCAUGAGACAAGCUCUCUUUGCAUUGACCGAGACUUUCCAGUCUGAAUACGUCAGUUUACACGUGAGAAAGAGUAAUAGAGCAGCGCUGCACCUCUAUAGAGACACUUUACAAUUUGAAGUUUUAAGCAUUGAAAAGAGUUAUUACGCCGACGGUGAAGAUGCGUACUCCAUGAAGAAGGUACUCAAAGUGCAAGACCUAUUGCCAAGCAGCUUUCAAAAGUCUGAAGUUGUGGAUGAUUUGGAUAAGGACCUGCUAGAAGGACUGGAAGAAUAAAAGACAUGUACUCAUCGCUCCUAGGGGGUAAAUACAUCUACAGUCACCCCUCAAAAGUUGUAAUAGGUGUAGCCACUGUAGUCAGCUAACUCCUACUCGUCGGAAU